GAAGCCGUUAAUAUGCAAAUCAUCUUAAUCACGUGCGCAUCUUUUUAUGAAUAUACGCCAGAUCUUAUUAAUAUGUAAAAUCUUACUACGGUACACCCAUGCCUAGUCAUUUGGUGUGUGAGCAUCAAUGGGAAAUAUAUCAGCAUGUUUGGACCUCUGUGGUUUUGCUGAGCUGCUGGCAAGUUAUUCUAGUGAGGAACCCCAAAUAAAAAAUACCAGCAGGAAGCUUCCCAGAAGGAUGGCCUCCCUCUUGGAGCUGAAGGAAAUCUUCCGCAAUGCCGAUGCAGUGUGCUUUGAUGUGGAUAGUACAGUCAUCAGGGAAGAAGGAAUUGACGAGCUGGCGAAGUUCUGUGGAGUUGGGGAUGCUGUGGCAGAAAUGACACGGAGAGCUAUGGGAGGCUCCGUGACAUUCAAAGCUGCUUUAACGGCACGACUAGGACUUAUACGUCCCUCCUGGGAGCAAGUGCAAAAACUAAUUUCAGAACAUCCUCCUCAGCUCACACCAGGCAUAAGGGAGCUGGUAAGCAGGCUUCAUCAGCGAGGCAUCCAAGUCUUCUUAAUAUCCGGAGGGUUUCAGAGCAUUGUGGAGCAUGUCGCUUUACAGGUGAACAUUCCAGCAGCAAACGUGUUUGCCAAUAGGCUGAAGUUUUACUUUAAUGGAGAAUAUGCAGGGUUUGAUGAGUCACAACCAACAGCUGAAUCGGGUGGAAAAGGAAAGGUUAUCAGUCAUCUGAAGGAACAGUUUCGCUUUAAGAAGGUAGUUAUGAUUGGAGAUGGAGCUACAGACAUGGAGGCAUGUCCCCCUGCUGAUUGCUUCAUUGGAUUUGGAGGAAAUGUAAUCAGGAAACAAGUAAAGGAGAAAGCCAAAUGGUACAUUACUCACUUUGAUGAACUGCUUAAAGAACUGGAAGAAAGAUAAGUUAUACAGUAACAUAGUAUUUUUAUUAACAAUUAUAGUAGCUCAAUAUAUACAAUGCAAUUAAACAUAUUUUUGUUUGCACAA